AUGAGGACGGUCGUGUCGCGGUUGAUCCAUUCAAGAUCAUCACUUCCCAGGCUCUUGAAUGGGAGGUAUCUCUCAACAGACUCCGGUAAGGUUGAUGAACCCUUCAAAGUUGAGGAAGCAGAGACUGUAAACAUUCCCCCUCCUCCAACAGAGAAGUUGCUUGUGUUGGGUGGAAAUGGAUUUGUUGGCUCACAUGUUUGUAGAGAGGCAUUAGAUCGUGGAUUGUCUGUUGCCAGCCUUAGCAGGUCUGGUAGGUCAUCAUUACAUGAUCCAUGGGCCAGCAAUGUGACCUGGCAUAAAGGAAACCUUCUAUCACCUGAGUCAUUGAAGGAUGCUCUCGAUGGUGUCACGUCUGUUAUAUCCUGUGUUGGUGGGUUUGGCUCCAAUUCUUACAUGUAUAAGAUUAAUGGGACUGCUAAUAUAAAUGCAAUUAGAGCUGCUUCUGAACAAGGUGUGAAACGAUUUGUGUAUGUCUCUGCUGCUGAUUUUGGUGUGGUAAAUUACUUACUGCGAGGAUAUUAUGAGGGGAAGAGAGCUGCAGAAACAGAGCUACUAACCAAAUUCCCUUAUGGAGGAGUGAUUUUGAGGCCUGGAUUUGUUUAUGGGACUCGAAGCGUUGGCAGCGUAAAGUUACCUCUCGGAGUAAUCGGUUCUCCACUGGAGAUGUUAUUCCAACACACAAGACCUCUGAACCAGCUGCCACUUGUUGGGCCUCUCUUUACUCCUCCAGUGAAUGUUACAGCAGUGGCAAACGUUGCUGUUAGAGCAGCUACUGAUCCCGUCUUCCCUCCUGGGAUUGUAGAUGUCUACGGAAUUCAGCGUUACAACCAGAAGUCGAAGUAG